AUCCCUCUGCAACAUAAACUCAAACUCAACCGUUCACACACACACUUAGCGUGACACCAAGGACGUCGUCGUUUUAACCCUCGACUUGCCGUAACGUAACUGCAGAACGCAACGACUUGAAUGAAUGCCAUGGUGAGGAAAAAGGAGUGACAAAAAAAGUAUUAUUACUAUAAAAAGCAGUGUCGUAUACUGAAAAAACGACAACGAAAUGGAGUGCGUUGCGGCGAGGAACUUGGCGGCAAUGGCGUUCUGCGUGAGUCCUUUGUCGUCGAGGUUGAGGCUGCGGAGGAAGAAGCUGUGGAGAAGACGAACCGCGUCGUCGUCGUCGUCGUGCGGCGGCCGCGGCGUGCGGUGUCUGAAGGUGGAGGCGAAGGCCGGGAGCGAGAGCUGCGUGGCGACGAAAGAGGACUUCGCCGACGAGGAGGAUUACGUGAAGGCCGGUGGCUCCGAACUCGUUUUCGUCCAAAUGCAACAGAACAAAGCCAUGGAAAUGCAAUCCAAGCUCGCGGAUAAGUUGCCACCUAUAGGAGAUGAUAUACUGGAUCUAGUUGUGAUUGGUUGUGGUCCGGCUGGUCUUGCUCUUGCUGCAGAAUCAGCCAAGUUAGGACUGAAAGUUGGGCUUAUUGGUCCGGAUCUCCCUUUUACAAACAAUUAUGGUGUGUGGGAGGACGAAUUUAAAGAUCUCGGACUUGAAGGUUGCAUUGAGCAUGUUUGGAAGGAUACCAUUGUCUAUCUCGACAAUAAGGACCCCAUUUUUAUUGGUCGUUCCUAUGGACGUGUCAGUCGGCAUCUGCUUCAUGAGGAGUUGUUAAGAAGGUGUGUCGAGUCAGGUGUCUCGUAUCUUAGCUCAAGAGUAGAAAGUGUUAUUGAGACGAGUAAUGGUCAUAGUCAUGUUGUCUGUGAAUAUGACGUUGUAGUGCCCAGCAGGCUUGUUACUGUUGCAUCAGGAGCUGCUUCAGGGAAACUGUUGCAAUAUGAGGUCGGGGGUCCAAAGGUUUCUGUCCAAACAGCUUAUGGUGUGGAAGUUGAGGUGGAAAACAAUCCUUAUGAUCCAAAUCUGAUGGUUUUCAUGGAUUACAGAGACUACAUGAAGCAAAAUGUUCAAUGUCCAGAAGCAAAUUAUCCAACAUUUCUUUAUGCAAUGCCCAUGUCCCGUACAAAAGUGUUCUUUGAGGAAACCUGUUUAGCAUCAAAAGAUGCUAUGCCAUUUGAUUUACUAAAGAAGAAGCUCUUUUCGAGAUUAAAUACAAUGGGGAUCAGAAUUAAGAAAACUUAUGAAGAGGAAUGGUCUUAUAUCCCAGUUGGUGGAUCCCUACCGAACACAGAACAAAAGAACCUUGCAUUUGGUGCAGCUGCCAGCAUGGUGCAUCCAGCUACAGGGUACUCCGUUGUGAGAUCUUUGUCAGAAGCUCCAAAAUAUGCUUCAGUAAUUGCUACUAUUUUGAAAGAUGGUCAUGCCAAGGACAUCAUUACUCAAGAAAGAAGAAAGGAGAAUCUAUCUAUGCAAGCUUGGAAUACACUUUGGCCUCAAGAACGGAAACGGCAGAGAGCAUUCUUUCUUUUUGGAUUAGCCCUAAUUCUGCAGCUGGACAUUGAGGGCAUUCGAACAUUCUUUCGUACUUUCUUCUGCUUACCUGAUUGGAUGUGGCAGGGAUUUCUUGGCUCCUCCCUCUCAUCUACAGAUCUUGUAUUAUUUGCAUUCUACAUGUUCAUAAUAGCACCAAAUAACUUAAGAAUGGGUCUAGUCAGACAUCUACUUUCGGAUCCUACUGGUGCAACUAUGAUAAAGACUUACUUAACGAUAUAGUACGUUUCUAUAACUUAUUUAUUCCCCACCCUAGGUACCCUGUAUUGGGACACGGGUUAGAUUACUAUAGGAGCCUCAAUAGUAGUUCGUAGAUUCUUGUAUAGACAUACAUAUUUUAUUAAAACCAGAGAUAUGUUCUUAUGAUUUUUAUAUCCCAUCUGAUAUUAAAGUGCACUACGUUUAUUUAUAUUUUA